UUUCGGUUCUUUAGAUACCAAAAGUUGAAUCCGUUCGGAUAUUUAAUCAAUUUUGGUUCGGGUUCGGUACUACUUUUUCGGAUCUGGUUCGGUUUUUCGGAUCCGGGUUUUUUGCCCAGCCCUAGAAUUAUCUAUGUAAAGAUAAACAAUCAACACGUACCAUAUUAGUUCUGGAUUCAUUUAUGAUUUGUUUAUUGCGUGGAUCUCCAAAAUCCUUUUCUGAAUAUUUUUAAUCUUCACUAAACCAACACUAAGUCACAAAUCCACUAUCACUAGUUCAUUAUUUUCUAAUAAUUUACCUUUUGUACUUAAAAUUAAUUAUUUUUUAAUCUUUGUUGAUAAUCAUGAUUGUCAUGUGGGCUGGAUAAUGAUGGGUCUAUUUUUCUAGCCUGUAAAGUUUAAUCAAAACUGAUAGCAUAGCAAAUGUUUAAAAUCUAGUUAGAAUAAUUUCAUAGACUAAUACUACCAACCUUUGUUUUGAUGCAGGUUCGUCUAAACUAUCAAAUAAUGGAGAAACUCCUACCAAUUGGCAGAGAAAGUAAACUAAACAAACAUUAAUAUUAAAUAAUUUACAAAAAUCAAGUAAAUAAUGAGUAAAAACUAUUAUUUACCAAUUAGAACAAAAAGGGAAAUGCGUUUGGUUCAUGUUUACUCAUUGUUUUGUCCUAUACGUCAACCAAAUCUCUUAAUCGAUCGGAUCUCAAUAUUAAUAUAUAUGUUCUCUCUCAAAUAUUUUAUAACAUUCUCCUCGUCUAUAGGUUAAACACAAUAACAUUGUAUAAAAUGUUAUUAAAAUAGAUAUUUUAUAAUGUAUAUGUACUCAAGGGAGGAAAAUAAUAAAGGUGCAUUUUUUUGUAAUUGUACGCCAUUACAGAGACAAACCUGUAAACUAGCAAAUUGGGUUACUAUAUAUAUUUUGCGCACACACACAAAAUAUGAUAAAUGUAUAUAAUAAAUUCCACCUUAUUCCUUUUCUCUUACACUCUGUAUAAACACUGCCAUUCACUAUAUAUAAUCGUCAGUAGUAGUAUUAAUCUUCCUCCAAGAUAGUAACUUGCUAACUAAAACUUACAUUUAAUUUGAGAAUGGGAGGUUUAGGCUCACCAUGUGGAGCAUGCAAGUUCUUGCGUAGGAAAUGUGUAGAAGGUUGUGUAUUUGCACCAUAUUUUUGCUACGAAGAAGGGUCUUCUAGUUUUGCAGCCAUUCACAAAGUGUUUGGAGCCAGCAACUUCUCCAAGCUCAUUUCUCAUCUCCCUGAUCAUGACCGAUGCGAUGCGGUACGAACCAUCUCUUAUGAGGCGCAAUCUCGUCUCCACGAUCCUAUUUACGGCUGCGUCUCACAAAUCUUCUCCCUCCAGCAAAAGGUUGUUAGUCUACAAGCACAAGUGGUUCUUCUUAGAGAAGAAGCUUCUAGAAAGUUCCCUCAAGGGGAUUGUAGUGAACAAGGGAAGUUUCUAGUUCAAGAUACACCCCAGGAUCUUCACAGUUGGUUUCACCAAGUAGUCUCGGACUCCAAACUUAACCAGAUGAGCGAUGUUGCAUCAACGUUCAUGGAUCGCGAUGAGUCACUUUGCAGCUCAAAUGAAUUUAUUUAUUACCAGGAAGUCAUGUUUCCAUGGUCUGUGUGA